AGCCAGUCGCAGUUGAGUGUCUGUUAUGAAACUUUGUUAAGAGUAAAAGUUUCAACCAGAGUUUUCCUCAGAUGGUGCAGCAUUUUUCAACCAGAAGAAUUUCUCACUAGAGACCCUAGCUAUGACCAUUCUCAUUGGAAGCUUUGUUAGGGUAUUAUCAACGUUAACAAUGACUAUCCAUUUUUCUGGAGCCAGAGCAAAUGUUAUUGAAGGCUUAGCUGGGGGAAAGGUUGAGCUUCCGUGUAAUAUGACCUCCACUCCAGUGGACGACAAAGCUGUGCUAGUUCUCUGGUACAAAGAUAAGGUACUGAUACCUGUCUAUACGUUUGAUGCAAGAACAGGUCCACUUUGGCAAGGACGGCACUCAUCAAGCGACCAUUUAGCAGGACGAGCUUACCUUACCACAGUGGAUAGACCAGCCAAACUUAUCAUUGAACCGCUAAUGCUUCAGGACGAUGGGUCGUACCGUUGCCGAGUGGACUUCAACAGAACAAGGACACGCUACACUGACAGCAUCUUAAAGGUCAUUGUACUACCAUCAAAACCUUUGAUAAAAGAUGAGAGCGGAGAUGUUCUCGAGAGCCUUAUAGGACCAUACAACGAGGGAGAAUCCUUAAAACUUACCUGCGAAGUAACUGGUGGGAUCCCAGUCCCGAGUGUAAGUUGGUGGCGAGAAACGAUCUUGCUGGAUGAUACUGCUACAAGGAAGAGAAUUGGCCCAAUUGUUAACGAACUGACAAUACCAAUUUUGAAACGUCAUCACUUGAUGGCAACCUUUAGCUGCGUUACGUCAAACAACAAUAUUUCUGAUCAUUUGUCAACAGUAGUCACCGUAGACAUGAAUUUUAGACCACUUGUCGUGGAAAUCGUUCGAAGUAGUGAGCCAUUCUCGGCAGAAAGUCCAGCCCAGGUUAAAUGUUGGACAGCUGGAUCCCGGCCCCCUGCGGUAAUAGAAUGGUUUAAAGGUAAUCGACAACUGAAGACAGCUUCUUCUAAUAUCUCCAGUCAUGGCAACGUCACUAUCAGUUUGCUAGCUUUCAUCCCUUCUGUAACCGACGACGAAAAACCCCUCUCUUGUUCAGCAAUGAAUCCUUUGAUUCCAGACAGUACACUCACCGACACACAAACCUUAGACGUUCGAUAUAAACCUCAGCUGAGUAUUAUCAUGACGAGUCGUCCAGACAGUUUUACAGCGAAGGAAGGGGAGGAUGUUACUCUUAACUGUAACAUCAAAGCUAAACCCUCUAUCACGACCGUAAGUUGGAUUCUCGAGGGCCAAGACCUCUACUCCAAUUUAUCAGCUGGUGUCCUUAUAAGAAAUCAAACUUUACUCUUGGCUAGUGUGGAUCGAUCUCAAAGCGGAAUAUACAAAUGUACUGCAACAAACACAGAAGGGAGGGGAGAGAGCGUUCCAUUCAAUCUUCGUAUUCAGUAUGCACCACGUUGUAAGGACAAACAAACGCUUGUUUUUGGAACCACAAGACACAAACCCGUAGAAGUACCCUGUGAGGUCGAAGCAGAUCCACCGGAAGUGACGUUUAAAUGGAUUUUCAAUAAUUCCCGAGAGUCUUUAGAUGUUGUAACUUUUCACAAUUUUCUAUUAAAAAGUGUGGCAACUUAUAUUCCGCGAACAAAAUUUGAUUAUGGAACUCUGCUUUGUUGGGCCAGUAACACAGUAGGAACUCAAUCCUAUCCGUGUGUGUUUUCUGUUAUACCAGCAGGACCACCAGAAAAGCCACGUGAUUGUAAAGUGUGGAAUGUCACCGUGAACUCGGUUGAAAUAACUUGCAAGCAAGGCUACAACGGUGGUUUGAAACAGCACUUUGUUAUGGAAGUACAUGAUGAAAAUUUACAUAGCCUUCGUGCCAACCUAACCUCCUCUAAUCCCGUGUUUCUACUAAGAGGCUUAGAUGAUGGGUCCAUGCUGAAGCUAGUAAUUUAUGCCGUCAAUGUGGAAGGUAAAAGUGACCGAAGUAUCAUUACAAUCAAUACAAUCGCAGACUGGGUUGGGAGCGCUGGUAAUGAAUGGAACGUCACUUCCGGUCCAUUAUUGCUGAUUGUUGGAGCUAGUAUGAUUGUCUUGUUAGUGAUAGGCCUAAGUCUCCUUCUUGUCCUUAAUAUUCGUUCCAGAAAACAAGGCAGACCAAAAACAACAACAAAAAAUAUCAUAGAGUUACAAGCAGUAGAAGAAGAAGAUGGAUCGUUUUUCACAAAAGACAGCGGGAAUUGGCUAGCGCCCUCAUUACAAAAUAACAUUUCCCCGUGCAAUAAAGAGGACUUAUUAAACAUUCAAAGUGAUGGCCACUGUUCAAGAUAUUUAAGUGAAAGCUCUGCUCUUCAUUCACAAGUUGAAAACAAACAAACAGUUAAAUCUUCCAGUAUUCACUGCGUUAGGCACAGAGAUUCAUCGUACGACCGACGAGGGAUUCUUUUGUCGGAAGUUUGAAAUACACAAUAACAGUUCACAAGAAAGAAAUUGUUAUAAUCAAAACAGGACAUAAAGAAUUGACUUCAUAUAAUUUUAAUAUACUGAUUAAUUUACUUUAGCAUAAAAAAGGAUUAAUAUGUUGUUUUUUUAUAACUCGGACUGAUCAUUAUGGGUUACUCCAAUCCCACAGGGAUUCUUAUGACAAGAUAUUGCACGAGUUAAAUUAUGUUAUUUAUUUUAGGUAGCAGAUGUAUUUUAAAAAUUGUUAGUUACAUGUGUAUAUUGUCUCCUUGUUGCAUCGUUGGUACAUUGUCGAUAAUACAACGUGUAUAUUUUAAUGUAUUUCAUACAUCAUAAGAUGUUUAGGUUGUUCUCUACAACGGUUUUUUUGCAAUUGUGUAAUCUGUUUGCAUUAAAAAUUGAAAAAUAGUUAUACGUAUACAUAGACAAUAAAAAAGCUAUAUUUGGA